AUGGCCACCCAGAUCUGCGCUCCGACCUUCUCCACCGGGUCUGCCAAGGGCCUCUGUGGCACCACAGGCAGCUUCUCUAGAAUGUCUUCCAUCCACUCCUCCGUGGGCUCCUACAGGGCCCCCAGUUUGGUUGGCACUGUGGGGUCUACGUCCUCUUUCAGGACAGGCUUCUCUGGCCUCGGGAGCUGCUUGCCAGGCUCUUUCCUGUCCUCUGGGUGCCACUCCUCUGGCUUUGCCGGGAGCGGGGGCUGGUUCUGUGAGGGCGCCUUCAAUGGCAACGAGAAGGCGACCAUGCAGGUCUUGAAUGACCGACUGGCCAACUACCUGGAGAAGGUGCGGCAGCUGGAGAAAGAGAAUGCAGAGCUGGAGGGCCGCAUCCGAGAGUGGUAUGAGUGUCAGGUCCCAUACAUCUGCCCGGACUACCAGUCCUACUUUAAGACCGCCGAGGACUUGCAGCAGAAGAUCCUGCUGACCAAGGCUGAGAAUGCCAGGCUGGUAUUACAAAUUGACAAUGCCAAGCUGGCUGCUGAUGACUUCCGGACCAAGUACGAGACGGAGCUGUCCCUGCGGCAGCUGGUGGAGGCUGACAUCAAUGGCCUGCGCCGGAUCUUGGAUGAGCUGACCUUGUUUAAGGCUGACCUGGAGGCGCAGGUGGAGUCCCUGAAGGAAGAGCUGCUGUGUCUCAAGAAGAACCAUGAAGAGGAAGUCAACACACUCCGUUCCCAGCUCGGGGACCGACUGAAUGUGGAGGUGGAUGCUGCCCCCACAGUGGACCUCAACAAGAUAUUGGAUGAUAUGCGAUGCCAGUAUGAGACACUGGUGGAGAAUAACCGCAGAGAUGUGGAAGCUUGGUUCAACACUCAAACCGAGGAGCUGAACCAGCAGGUGGUGUCCAGCUCUGAGCAGCUUCAGUGCUGCCAGACAGAGAUCAUCGAGCUGAGACGCACGGUCAACGCCCUGGAGAUCGAGCUGCAGGCCCAGCAGAGCAUGCGGAAUUCCCUGGACUCUACCCUGGCUGAGACAGAGGCCCGCUACAGCUCCCAGCUGGGCCAGAUGCAGUGUCUGAUCACCAACGUGGAGUCCCAGCUGGCUGAGAUUCGCUGUGACCUCGAGCGGCAGAACCAUGAGUAUCAGGUGUUACUGGAUGUCAAGGCCCGGCUGGAGUCAGAGAUUGCCACCUACCGCCAUUUGCUGGACGGCGAGGACUGCAAGCUUCCUGCCCACCCUUGUUCCAUGGAAUGCAAGCCUGCUGUAAGAGUUCCUUACAUCCCCUCUACGCCCUGCGCCCCGGCUGGACCCUGCGCCCCAGCUGGAUCCUGCACCCCAGCUCCCCAAGUCAGCACUCAGAUCCGUACUAUCACCGAGGAGAUCCGAGAUGGAAGAGUCAUCUCCUCCAGGGAACAUGUGGUGCCCCGUGUGCUGUGA